AUGAAAACAUUCCUUAACUUGGUUUCUUCAAAUGUGUUGCGAACAAUGAUUACGAUGUUGUACUUAAUGAGUUUUCAAAUCCUGGUUAUCGGAGACAAAGACUCAGGUCCAGAUUUUGGUGGGACUUUUACGGAGCUCAAAACUGUGCGUUUUGUUGGUUUGCACCACGUUAGGGGUUUCUCGUUUUCAUCUACAGCUCAGCGUAUCGGUAACCGGCUGCAACAGAGCCAAACAAUUCCAUUCGGUGGUGUCUGCAUUUCCUUCCCGCCAAACCUUUCCGGUGACUGUUCUUCGCUCACGUUUUCUCACGGCAUGAAUGCGUUCAAGGCAUACAAGGCCUGUGUGCCAAUUACUUGGAGCCCAAAUCUCUACAUAACUUUGGUGAGGGGAAUUCCGGGGACCAGGAGGCUCCAUAGGCGCACUUUGGAAGCACUUCGCCUGCGCAAAUGCAAUCGAACUGUCAUGCGAUGGAACACGCCUACUGUUAGGGGAAUGCUCCAACAGGUCAAAAGGUUAGUUGUUGUUGAAACAGAGGAAAUGUACAAGGCGCGCAAACAGAAGGAGGAAGCGCACCGAGCGCUACGUCCUCCGUUGGUCAUAAGUCAUAAACCUCCCUCGCUUACUGAUGCUUUAUGA